AUGGGCACCAACUUGAAACAGACAUGUAAUAUUCUGAGCCAAACAAAGCUUCUGCCCAGGAGUGGGCAAUAUAAAGGACCUGAACACAUUGCCCACGUAGACCCCCAGGACACAUGGGUUGAGGCAGCUCCUGUUGGCAGCUUGACUGAGGAGGCUCCGGACGGCGGGAUGCUGAGCAUGAACUUAGAGAGUGAGGAUGAGGAUGAUGGGGAGGCAGGAGACACAAGGGGCACCGGUGACUGUGGCCACCAGGACCAUCCAAGGGGCGGCUCCCACGAGGUUCAGGACAAUCUUCGCUUGCCAGGGCAGCAUCCACAUGGCAAGGAAGAAGAGAGAUUCUCUGAUUCCUUCAGAGCUUGGGGUGUGAGGAGGAAACUACAGAUGCCUGAGAAGGACAGUGGGGGAAGAGAUGAGUCAAAGAUUGCUGGGACCCAGGGCUCCUCCGGAGCAAGCAAGGCACUUGGUGCCCUUCCUGGCGGCCUCCAACACAAGCUGUUUGGCACAAUGCAUCCUCCUAGGGACUCACAACCUGCGGGAGAUGAUGGAGACUGUAGGGCAAACCUGGAUGCACCGUGUGGUGUCCCAUUCGGCUCUCCUGACACGGGAAGGUAUGUGCUGGAAAGUGCAGACACAUCCCCAGGCAGCACUUCUCCCGUGUCCUACCCCAAGCAGCUGGGAAGCAGCUUGGACCUCCCCACACAAGAGACACACACACCAGCCCAGCGAUUGACCACCCCUGCCAGCCAGGAGGCGGUGGGGAUCGCCAAAGGGCAGGUGGUCGGGAGGGGCCAGAAUCAGCCGGGCUCAGGCUCGGGGAAGACUGGGCAGGGCGAGGCGCAGCCCUACAAGUGCCUGCGGGGAAGGCGGGCCUUUCAGAAUCCCAGCCACUUGCUGAGCCCGGCGGAGAUGCCCAGCGGCGCCAAGCCUUUUGCGUGCGAGGUAUGCGGGAAGGCCGACUCCCACCGGGGCACGCUCCAGCAGCACCGGCGCCUGCAUAUGGGCGAGCGGCCCUAUCGGUGCCCCUUCUGCGAAAAGGCCUACACCUGGUCCUCUGACCACCGCAAGUACAUCCGCACCCACACAGGCGAGAAACCCUACCCGUGCUCGGAAUGCGGGAAGGCCUUCGUGCGCUCCUCGGACCUGCGCAAACACCAGCGCAACAUGCACGACAGUAACCGGCCCUUCCCGUGCGCGGAGUGCGGCCAGACCUUCAACAAGCCGCUCUCGCUGCUGCGCCACCAGCGCUCGCACCUGGGGGCCAAGCCCUUCUGCUGUCCCGCCUGCGACAAGACGUUCGCCGUGGCCAGCCGCAUGGUGGAGCACCAGCGCGUGCACUCGGGCGAGCGGCCCUUCCCCCGCGCCACCUGCGGCAAGUGCUUCACCAAAUCAUCCAACCUGUACGAGCACCAGACGCUGCACACCCGCCAGAGGCCCUUCAAGUGCGCCGACUGCGGCGUGUCCUUCACGCAGCCCUCGCGCCUCGCCCGCCACCAGCGCAUCCACACGGGCGAGAGGCCCUUUUCUUGCGCGCAGUGUGGCCAGGCCUUUGCCCGCUCCUCCACGUUGAAGGGGCACCAGCAAGUCCACUCUGGGGAGACGGGCUUCCUGUGCCUCUGUGCCGAGUGCGGCAGGGCUUUGCGCAUCGCCUCGGAGUUGACGCAGCACAUCCGGGUGCGCAACGGUGAGAGGCCCUACCAGUGUGAGGUCUGCCGCCAGGCCUUCACCCGGUCCAAUCACCUCCAGCGACACCGAGCCAAGCACGGCAUCUGCAAGAGGGAACCCACCCCUUCCUCUGAUGAUUGA